AAGUGUCGGGGGAAGAGGGCUGUGCUGCCUUGCUGCUGCCGCUGCCGCUGCUGCCCUCGGUGCGGCGGAGGAGAGAAAGCAUCUUUGUCUGAGCUCAGAAGCUCCGGGCUUCCCUUUCCGCUCGCCUCCAUCGACACAGCCGCGGCUACAGAUAAGAAGAGCCUCCUUUCUCAAGACAGAGGUCGCAUAUUCAUCUGCCGCAUUCAUCUCUGCUCAAUUUAGGAAUUUUUUUUUCUCUCCCUCCCUCCCUCCCUCCCCACCUCUCUCACUCUCGCUCUCCUCUCCUCCUUUCCGUCUCUCCCUCCUUCUCUCCUUCUCUUUUGUGCUUGCUGUUUGCCUGGCUGGAAUAAUCUCGCCCUCCCUUGUCUCCAUGUGUCGGAUCGCCGGAUGAUGCUCAGGAUGCUGAGGAGAAUGGAGGCUGUACCUAGGCUGCGUGCCUAGCUAACCCAUGGAGAACUGACAGGAACAGUGCUGGAUGGAGGCCAAGACACUGGAUGGCGAAGACGAGGAAGCGCGCAGUAUUGUGGAUCACUUGUGUUGUUUGUUCUCUCUCUCCCUCAGUCAAUCCAAAGUAGAUGCAAAGUAUUCAGCGAUGCGCCUCAGUCGCUCACUCCAUCACGUGUCACCUGUGGAGAGAUGGCAGAAAGAGUCAGGAUAGACAGCCAAGGCUAAGGAAAAGAAACUCCUGUGCACAAAGUGGGAGUUGCAGUAUUAAUUCAGCACAUUUUUAGAGUGAUAAAACAAUUACAGGCUCAAGAUAGCACUUCCUCACAGCGACACAGCGAUUUUAUGAAUUGGAUAAAACACAGGGGCACUGCGUUGUAGAUAGGAACCAACAUGGGCAUGUGUAAAAGAAAGGCUUCUUGGUUAUUGAUGUUGGCUGGGUUGGUUCUGACAGGAGUAGCUUUGGAAUAUGAGGGGGUUCCUGGUCAGUGGACACGCUAUGGCAAGUGGGAUGCUAAGGCAACAGGAGAGCUCAGCUUCAUCCUGAAAUCCAACAUCACCAAAGCCCUGGUGCUUUAUCUUGAUGACGGAGGAAACUGCGACUUCCUGGAGCUUCUAAUUGCAGAUGGCAGGCUCCAGAUGCGGUUCACCAUCCACUGCGCAGACCCUGCCUCUCUGCACACCGAGACAUACAUCAACGACCACCGCUGGCACAGAGUCCUCCUCACCCGCAACUACAGAGAGACCCGCCUGGUGGUGGACAACGAGGAGAAAGUGGCCGAAGUGAAGUCCAAGAGGAAAGAGAUGGUCGUGGCCAGUGACCUUUACGUCGGGGGGAUCUCGCCCGACGUUCGCCUGUCCGCCCUGACGUCGAGCACCGUUAAAUAUGAACCGCCGUUCCGGGGCUUUAUUGCCAAUUUGAAACUAGGGGAGGCACUGCCAAUCCUGCUGGAUGGUCAAGCUGUUCAUAAUGAUUUGGACUACAUAUGUGAAGUGCAUUCACCCUGUAGCAACAACGGCCUGUGCUCAGUCAAUCAAGGAGAGGUCCUCUGCGACUGUAUCAAUACCAGCUUCAGAGGAAUGUACUGCCAAGAAGCAGCUGUCCAGAGAGAAGUAGAAGGUCUGGCGCACCUGAUGUUAAACCGCCAAGUUUUUCGCCAAGGGCAGGAGGAGUCAGUGGCCACCUACAAAGGCAAUGAGUUCUUCAGCUACAACCUGUCCCAGACUCCCAUCCAGAGCAGCUUGGACGAGAUCACGCUGUCCUUCCGCACUCUGCAGAGGAACGGCCUGCUGCUUCACACGGGAAAGUCGGCCGACUAUGUCAACCUGUCUCUGAGGAACGGAGCCCUGUGGCUGGUCAUCAACCUGGGCUCCGGCGCCUUCGAGGCCCUGGUGGAGCCGGCCAGCGGGAAGUUCAAUGACAACGUUUGGCACGACGUCCGAGUGACUCGCAACCUUCGUCAGGUAACGAUCCUGGUCGACGGGAUUCUCACCACCACCGGCUACACUCAGGAGGACUACACCAUGCUGGGCUCUGAUGAUCUCUUCUACAUAGGGGGCAGCCUAAACACAGCUGACCUGCCAGGCUCCCCAGUCAGCAACAACUUCAUAGGCUGUCUCAAGGAUGUGGUCUACAAGAAUAAUGAGUUUAGACUGGAACUGUCACGGCUGGCUGAACAGAGAGACCCUAAGAUCAGUAUCCAUGGUGACCUGAUAUUCAGCUGCGAGAACGUGGAAGCCCUGGAGCCGGUCACCUUCGACACGCCGUCUGCCUACCUGACGUUGCCCAGGUGGAACACAAAGAAGACAGGCGCCAUAUCGUUUGACUUCCGCACCACGGAGCCCAGCGGGCUGCUGCUGUUCAGUCACGGCAGUCUGCAGGGCGCGCAGCCCGACAGGAAGCCCCGGGCAGACUUCUUCGCCGUCGAGCUGCUGGACGGGCUGCUCUACCUGGUCAUGGAUAUGGGCUCUGGCAGCAUCAAGAUGAAAGCCAGCAACAAGAGGCUCGACGACGGCGAGUGGUGCCAUGUGGAUAUCCAGAGGAAAGGCCGCAACGGCUUCAUCUCUGUGAACAGUCAGAGCGUCCCCUUCACGUCCAACGAAGGCAGCGAGAUCCUUGACCUGGACGGAGACAUGUACCUUGGAGGUUUACCCGAGGACCGCCAGGCCCUGGUGCUCCCCCCCGAGGUGUGGACGGCCUCCCUGGGCCUCGGCUAUGUGGGCUGCGUGAGGGACCUCUUCAUCGACGGACAGAGCCGGAACCUGUGGAGGCUGGCGGAGGUUCAGAGCGCCACAGGUGUCAGCAGUUUCUGCACAAGGGAGACCCAUGUCAGGUGUUCCAGGGACACGUGUGCCAACGGCGGACACUGCAGAGAAGGCUGGAAUCGCCACAUCUGCGACUGCAACAGCACCGGCUACUUAGGCCCGAGCUGUGAGAAGGAGGCCACCACGGUGAGUUUCGACGGCAGCAUGUAUCUGAAGGUGGUGCUGCCGAGGACGCUGCACACCGAAGCCGAGGACGUGUCUCUGCGCUUCAUGUCCCAGAGGGCGUUCGGGCUGCUGAUGGCCACCACCUCCCAGCAGUCCGCCGACACCCUGCGACUGGAGCUGGACGGUGGCAGAGUGAAGCUCACUGUGAACCUGGAUUGUAUCAGGAUAGACUGUAAUCUCAGCAAGGGACCAGAGAUACUCCUGGUAGGCGAGAAGCUGAAUGACAACGAGUGGCACACAGUGAAGGUGGUGCGGCGUGGGAAGAACUUGCAGCUCUCUGUAGACAAUGUGACGGUGGAAGGCCACAUGACCGGCGCCCACACCCGCCUGGAAUUCAACAACAUCGAGACGGGGAUCAUGACGGAGCGGCGCUUCAUCUCUGUGAUGCCGUCCAACUUCAUCGGCCAUCUGCAAGCGCUCUCCUUCAACGGGAUGCUCUUCCUGGACCAGUGCAAAAACGGAGACAUCUCCUACUGCGAGCUGAACGCACGAUUUGGCAUGAGGCACAUCGUGGCCAAUCCCGUAACUUUUCUGACACAAGCAAGCUACCUGGCCUUCUCCACUUUGCAGGCCUAUGCUUCGAUGCACCUUUUCUUCCAGUUCAAAACCACCAGUCCUGACGGCCUGAUACUUUACAACUCCGGGGACGGCAGCGACUUCAUCGUGGUGGAGCUGGUCAAAGGGUACAUCCAUUAUGUCUUUGACUUGGGAAAUGGGCCGUCGCUAAUGAAGGGAAACUCUGACAAGCCACUCAAUGACAACCAGUGGCACAAUGUGGUGAUUUCCCGUGACAACAACAACGUGCACAUCCUGAAGAUUGAUUCCCGCACCGUCACCCAGCAUGCCAACGGAGCCCGCAACCUGGACCUAAAAGGGGAGCUGUACAUCGGGGGUGUUGGAAAGAGCACGUACAGCAGUCUGCCCAGGCUAAUAGCCUCUCGAGAGGGAUACAAGGGCUGCCUGGCAUCGGUGGACCUGAAUGGAAGACUCCCCGACCUGCUGGCAGACGCCUUACACAAAGUGGGAGAGGUGGAGCGUGGCUGCGGAGGACCCAGCACCACCUGCACCGAGGACUCCUGCCACCACCAGGGAGUGUGUCUCCAGCUGUGGGAAGGCUUCUCCUGCGACUGCACCAUGACCACCUACGGGGGGCCUUUCUGCAGCGACCCCGGGACGACGUACAUCUUCGGGAAGGGAGGAGCUCUCAUCACGUUCACCUGGGCCGCCAACGAGCGGCCGAGCACCCGCGCCGACCGGCUAGCCGUGGGCUUCAGCACGCAGCAGAAGGACGCCAUCCUGGUGCGGGUGGAGAGCACCCACGGGCUCGGAGACUACCUUCAGCUGCACAUAGACCAAGGAAAGAUUGGCGUCAUCUUCAAUGUGGGGACAGAUGAUAUCACUAUUGACGAGCCUGCUGUCAUAGUAAAUGAUGGCAAGUACCAUGUUGUACGCUUCACACGCAGCGGUGGUAAUGCCACUCUCCAGGUGGACAACCAUCCUGUUAUUGAGCGUUACCCACCAGGACACUAUGAUAAUGAACGACUGGCUAUUGCUAGGCAAAGAAUCCCAUACAGACUCGGUCGGGUAGUUGACGAGUGGCUACUCGAUAAAGGGAGACAGCUGACCAUCUUUAACAGCCAGGCGGCCAUUAAAAUUGGUGGUCAAGACAAAGGUCGGCCGUUCCAGGGUCAGAUUUCAGGGCUCUACUACAAUGGGCUCCAGGUGCUCAAACUAGCUGCAGAAAAUGAUCCCAGCAUUCAGGUGGAGGGCAGCCUGCGCCUGGUGGGAGACUCCCUGUCCGUUCUGACCACCGACAUCACCUCCGCCACGCCGCUGGCCGUGUCCGACAUGUCCACCACCAUCAUGGAGACCACCACCACCAUGGCCACGACCACCACCCGCAGACAGCGCUCGCCCAGCUUGAGGGAGAGCAUCUCAAAGCCACAAAACUCUGAUGACAUUUUAGUGGCUUCGGCCGAGUGCCCGAGUGACGACGAAGACCUGGAAGAGUGCGAGCCGGGAACAGGAGGUGAAUUAGUGUUGCCUAUUAUAACAGUGGAUUCCCUUGAGCCCCCCUCCAUCGCCACCCGUUACCCCGUCAUCCCUCCUCCUCCCACCCUUCUGUCCCCACUUGAAACCACCAAAGAGUCCCUGAUACUCCCUCCUCACCCUUCCUGCCCCCCGGACCAGGAGGACUGUGGUGACCCUGUGGAGGUCUCGGCCUUCGGCUCCGGGGAGAUGACGGAAUCCGAUGACGAGGACUUUUACAAUAAUAACUCCCCCUUGGUCACUGACAGGACGGUCCUUCCUCCACCUCCCGCCGCCGCCGGUGAGGGUGGAGUCCAGAAACCCCGCCCCCUACCUCCUUUUGUUCCCACGACCAACCCUGACCAGCUCCACAUUCCUGCGGGCAAAAUGAACACCCGCGACCGGGUGCUCCUGCCCCCUGCUCCCCCAUCCUCCCGCAACACACCGGGACUAACUUACCCCCCCAAUUUUCCCCAUGUGCCCACAGCCAACCCCACAGCCUCUGAUGAAAAGAACCAGCCCGGUGCCGUGGAGGUGAUCAGGGAGUCCAGCAGCACCACGGGGAUGGUGGUUGGUAUCGUGGCUGCUGCUGCUCUCUGCAUUCUUAUCCUCCUCUAUGCCAUGUACAAGUACCGGAACCGAGAUGAGGGCUCCUACCAGACAGACCAGGGCCACAAUUUUGCCAACAAUCCCACUGUGGAGGGCAACGGAGCAGUGGUCAAGGACAAAAACACAGCAACAGCCUCUGUGGCCAAGGCCAUCACAAAGGGCAAAAAGAACAAAGACAAAGAAUACUACGUCUGAGAACGAAGGAAGAGUAGGCACGUGUGGACUGAGACAAGAGGAUGAGAGAGGAUGCUUUCAUUUUGCGCCCCUAUAUCGUCAAGUUGACUAUCGAGAAAAAAAAAUAAAUUUCACAGGCCACCAAAAAAAGCUUGCAUUUUUCUCAAAAGUCAAGGUCGCCCAGCUCCUAUUAGUAAAGAAUUCUUAUCGAUGGCACAAUAUCCAACUCAUCCUCUGUGUCACAAUGUGUGCACUCAGUCUGCUUUCACCAAUUCUUUGUUAGUGUAUUUUUUUUUUUUUUUAUGUUUUUAUCAAGCUAGGAAGAAGCAUAUCCACUCUGGCUUUGUAUAUAGCAUGGAUAUGGUACAGUGAAGAAAGUGCUGAGAACAUGCGGUUUCUUUGUACUUCUUUGUAAUACUCUAUCUCAAGUCUCAGUGUCCCCAUUAUGAUAUAUGAGGCAGAACAGGCCAGUUAUUGAAUUUUUAUGGUGGAUGAGCAGAGAGCACCCCAGCCGUUCUGACUGCACUCGGAAAAGGAAGCUUUUAUUUGGAUAAGACAUCAUCUCUGCAGCCUCCAUGUUAUGUCAUGUGGUUUAAAACUCCCUGAUCACUCUGCCUCUGUCCACAAGAGACGGUUUUAUGUUGCUGAUCAAGUAUUGUAAAUGAAGCAAGAUAUCUGAAUCUCUUGGAGAGAAGGACAGAAUUUCAAAAGGGAUAAUUAAAGCACUCAGCAUCUUCCGGUCAGUGAACCUUAUUGUACGAUGGAUCAGAAACAAUAUCUAUGUGCGAUACCACAGUCAGUGUGCCAUCCCAUUCCAAGUAGGGAUAAUUGUGAGUCUCCACCAGUGAGGGUAUUUUUCUGUAAACACAGCUUGUAUGUACAUAUAGAGGUUAGCAGAUUGAGAAAGCAUUGUGUAAGAAGCAGGGGAGAUAGAAAAGAGGAGUGAACAUCGAAGAUGCUUUCCCCCGAAACCCCGACCAACAGCUUUCAUGACAACAUCAAAACUAUCGAAGCCCGAACUUUACAGGAAUGAAUUCUCAGAAACACAGAAACACAUUGGAGGAAGUGUUUCGGAUCGCGCCGUGGAAGGAGGGAACCAACGCGCCUCACCAGGGGCGGUCUUACUCACGAUCUUUUCUUUCCUCUAAACUGUCUUGGGAUGAUUUCAAAAGCACACAGAUAAUGUAAACAUAUCUUUCAGACAUAGAUAUUCCUUGUAAAGCAGCCAAUCAUGUAUUGUUUUUUCUAUCAGUUAUGAAAAGACUAUUCUAUGAGAUGAAUAAUUGAAGAUUUGUGAAUUGUAUUGAUAUUUCUCUGAUAUUUCGAUGUAUCUUGUUACCACUCCUCUUAACACGUUACAUUUUAGAUUGCCUUUUAAUUCAGUCCGGGACAAAAAGCACACUUCUCAGAUAGCCGCAGCUAUUGUUUGUUUUCGGAUUAUUUACAGUUCAGAUUAUGCAGAGAAAACACAAGGACGGAACAAACAAAUGUUUUGUUGCAUUGUGCAUUUUAUAUGUACUGAAUCUGUUACUCAAUGGAUCUGAUAAUAUAAAGCCAUUUUCUCGUUGAGUUAUUUAUUCAUGCUCUGUGAUUUCCUGUUAUUUUUUAUGAAAGUGCCAUUCAACGUGAGCUGCUCAGCGCUCAGAAAAUAUACCAUUCCUCACUCAUUGCUAUUGUAUAGUGUUCAUGUGAAAUGGAUCUUAAUAUGUGUACAGAACGUGGAUAAAGAUGAAAAUACACUUGAUUAUAUACUUUGUA